GCAGGAAAAAUGAAGCCCAUCUUCUGUGGAAAUUUUGAGUAUGACGCACGACCAUCUGAUCUGGAACGGCUUUUCAGUAGAUAUGGGAAGGUUGAGAGAGUGGAUAUGAAGUCUGUUCGGCAUUUUCUCAAGAAUCAAACAAAAAAUUUUCAAAGGAGAAAUGCAGUAUCAGUGAGUGAGGGUCAUGAGGAUUGUGAACAUCUAGAAGUUGCUGUUAAGAAACUCUCCCUGGCGUCAACAACAGCUUCAUUGGAUCAUGAUCAGUUAGAUCCAUUUGCCACAUUAUCAUCAGUUUGUGGACAGUCAUCUCCUUCAACGCUAAAGAAUGCAUUCUCCAAAUAUUGGUUUGUCUCUUAUCCCCAUUCCAACUUGCUAAUGUGUUCAUGAGUAGAUAUUUUACAUACAUGGCACGCCUUGCUUGAUUUCCUUUUUUAUGCUCUUUUAUAUGUUUGUCAU